AUGGAAAGCUGCAGUAGCAACGCUUCCACUAAAGUCUUUUUCUUGGUGGGGUUUCCAGCUCUCCAGGAUUUCCAGACCCCUCUCUUUGUUGUGUUCUUGCUGUUCUACCUGCUGAUCCUGGUUGGCAACACUGUUAUCAUCACCGUGAUUGGUCAACUGCACACUCCCAUGUACUUUUUCCUGAUCAAACUCUCUGUGUUAGACGUGCUAUACACAACCACCACCAUUCCCAAAAUGCUGGCUAUGUUCCUGGUCAGCGCCAAAACCAUCUCGUUUUGGGGCUGUUUCCUGCAGAUACACAGUUUUCAUAGGCUGAGAGUAACCGAGGCACUUCUCCUGGUGGUCAUGGCUUACGACCGCUAUGAAGCUAUCUGCAACCCUCUCCAUUACCCAUCCAAGAUGACCAGAAGAGUGAAGACCCAGCUGGCAGUGAGCGCCUGGAUUGCUGCGCUGCUAAUUCCUGUGCUCAUUGCACAGACCUCCCAGUUAGCUUACAGGGAGAUGACCAGGGUCCACCACUGCUUUUGUGACCACCUCUCAGUGGUCAAAGCUGCAUGCUUGGACUUCAGUGCCUAUUUCCAGACCUUCUUGGGGUUCUCCAUCGCUAUGACAGUGUCGUUGCUCAUGACCCUCUCCUGCGUCUACGUCAUCCUCUCCAUACGGAAGUUCAACUCCAAGGACGGACGUCUGAAAGCUUUUUCAACAUGUACUUCUCACCUGCUUGUGGUGGGCACUUACUACUCCUCCAUCAAUGUGGCAUACAUCUCCCACAGAGUGGACAUCCUCAUCGACAUCCACGUCAUGAGCAACAUCGUCUUCUCAAUUUUGACUCCCUUGUUAAAACCCAUCAUUUACACUUGAUGGAACAAGGAAGUAAAAUCUUGGUUAAAAAGUCUGUUUUCCUGA